AUGCUGGCAGUGGAGUUGCGACGCCACUUGCCGACGCACGACGAGGUCUUUGCUGCCUCAACUCGGGUCAUUUGGAUGGAGAGGAUGAGUCAGGUUGCAGACCUGACAAACCCGCAGUAUCCUCUUAUCUUCUGGCACUUUCUCCGAGACGGACCUUCCAAGGUGACAAUCAAUCUCAGCAUCACGGGUAGUUUUAUUGUCCUGCAUGAAAUUCUCGUAUCUUUUGAACGAGCCGUCGGGUCACCGAGCACACGUGCUUCGGUUCGCGCUCGAGUCCUGACGAAACUGCUGGGCAAGGCAGUCGCUGCUCAGUCGCACUUGGCAGAUCUACUGCAUAUGGACAGGGAAGAUGAUGACCAGGACUGGGCCGCUUCAUGUACUGGUGAUGAUCGGGCAAGCACAGCGUCAGAACAACAUAAGACACUGGAGGUGGGUCGAGACAACGAAGCAGAUGACGAAGAGGCCUAG